GAACGCGGACGGUGGGCGGCGAGAUCGCGUGUGGGGCCGGUGCCGGUGGGUGCGGAGUUGCUUUGUGGGAUGCCCUGGGUGACCGACUGACCCUCCCUUCGAAGCCGUUAAUUCAAACAUCGACUCCACGAACGUCUGCCGGGUUCCUGUGUGCCGUUCUCGGUGCUAGUCCUUGGGGAUAGGCCCCUAACGUCUUGGAGCUCAGUUUGACGGGUAACCCCAGGAGGGAGGAUACGGGAAGGUUAAAAUCGAUGGAGGAGAGGCAUGGCUUUUUCUCUUUGUUAUUUCGCAUGAAUUGUGCCUAAAAUGUACUUUUAAAUGGGGAAGGUGCUCUGAAGAUGUGAGCUGAAACGCCAUCUACUCGAGAUUUAACUAAUUGUUCUCUCCUCUCUCUGGCUGUUGGACGCGCACCUUUCCGGAGGAUGGGGGAGCUGGGUACUCUUUUCUUCAGUCAGAAUGUUUAUCCAGCAUUUUGGCAGCACUAUUCACGUGGAAACAGGAUCCCGAUUGGUGUGCCGUGUCCAAGUUACUUACAGGAAGGCUGCACUUUGGCGUAAAUUGCAAUCGAUUAGGGAUCGUUUCUCAGACUCAAGUUAGAAGUGAGAGUUCAGAUAAGUGAGGCCGCCAUUGCUGCUUUGAACACCUCAGAAGGGGAGAAUGGAUUUAUCAGGAGUGAAAAAGAAGAGCUUGCUAGGAGUCAAAGAAAAUAAUAAAAAGUCCAGCACUAGGGCUCCUUCUCCUACCAAACGCAAAGACCGCUCUGAUGAGAAGUCCAAGGAUCGCUCUAAAGAUAAGGGGGCCACCAAGGAGUCAAGCGAGAAGGAUCGUGGCAGGGAUAAAACUCGAAAGAGACGCAGCGCUUCCAGUGGUAGCAGCAGCACCAGGUCUCGGUCCAGCUCUACCUCCAGCUCAGGCUCCAGCACCAGCACAGGCUCCAGCAGCGGAUCCAGCUCAUCUUCAGCAUCAAGCCGCUCAGGAAGUUCCAGCACAUCCCGCAGCUCCAGCUCCAGCAGCUCCUCUGGCUCACCGAGUCCUUCUCGGCGCAGACAUGACAACAGGCGGCGUUCCCGCUCGAAAUCCAAACCACCCAAAAGAGAUGAAAAGGAAAGGAAAAGGCGGAGCCCUUCCCCUAAACCCACCAAAGUGCACAUUGGAAGGCUCACCAGGAAUGUGACCAAGGAUCAUAUCAUGGAGAUAUUCUCCACCUAUGGGAAAAUUAAAAUGAUUGACAUGCCUGUAGAAAGGAUGCACCCCCAUCUGUCUAAAGGCUAUGCAUAUGUGGAGUUUGAGAAUCCAGAUGAGGCCGAGAAGGCGCUGAAGCACAUGGACGGAGGACAAAUCGAUGGCCAGGAGAUCACUGCCACUGCUGUGCUGGCCCCCUGGCCUCGGCCACCCCCCAGGCGAUUCAGCCCUCCCAGGAGAAUGCUGCCACCACCUCCCAUGUGGCGCAGGUCACCCCCACGGAUGAGGAGAAGGUCACGUUCCCCUCGGCGCAGGUCCCCCGUGCGCCGGCGAUCCCGCUCCCCUGGACGCCGCCGCCACAGGAGCCGCUCCAGCUCCAACUCCUCCCGAUAAGCAGGGCCACCGAAGCUCUGCCCUGUGACUUGUAUACCAUCCAACUCACUUUUGUCACUUUUCUAGCAGAAGGAGGAUCGGUAGGAAAGACAUCCCUCACUCAGGGGCAGGCUUCGAAGGUGAAGGCAGUAAUUGCUACAUUUCCCCUGGCGGCAGAGUUCCGGCUGCAGGAGUGUUGUUGGUUUGGGGUCGUGCUUAUAAUGAUGCCCUCCAGUUUUCUGGCUAGAAAGCUUCCACAUUUCUAGUUCCUGAGAGUCAGUUUAGUGGCAAAGCCAGCAGGGAUGAGCAGGGGGCUCCAGGCGGUGGUACAGCCCCAGCCUGGGAGCAUGUUUUCCCAUUCCACAGAUGACGUGGGGUCCAUCUGGUGGGCUGGUCGUGCCCUAACCUGUUGGCCUGCAGGGUCCCACAGGAAAGGGUGUGCUUUUACGCAGCUGCCAUUCCUGUUAGCCUGGCCCUGCUCCCCUGCUUGAGUCCUCUUCUGACCUCUAGGGCCAAAUACCCAAAAUGGUUCUUUUCACGUGUACUCAUGUGCGUGCACACACACACACACACACAGACAAACCCAUGUCUCCCUUUCUCUCUGAAACUUGUAAGUUGAGAGCCAGCUCUGUCCGGUCAUCACAGAACCCCCCGUUGUGUUGGUAUUCAUGGUGGUCGUGCAGGUUACUUUGGCAACGUGUACAUUGCUUUUUUGGCUUUUAUUGUACAGUCAGUACUAUACAUUUUCUGUUUUGAGUUUUGUAACUUUGUAGCAUUUUAGAUAAUAUUGUGUUUGUACUUUGUCGUGUAGAGAAAAGAAUUGUGUUGAAUAAACCUAGGAUUAGAGUGUAGCUCGA